GAUCUCGCGGAGGCCGUGUAGCCGACCGGCCGCGUGCAUCGGCGGGCUGAAUACGUACGCGAACGCGAGGCGACCCGGAAUUCGCCGCGCUCUCUCUCUCGCGCGCGGUCGGUGAUCCCGCCGGCGCGCUCCCCGGGCAGAGAGGGAAAACAAAAAACAAAGAAAAGCGGAGACGCCACGACGCCAACUUUAACGAACCCCAACGAACGAUAAAGCCGCCCCAACCGCUGCCCAAGCGCCAAAAAAAUAAUAAUAAUAAUACACACACAUACUGACACAUACACAGUAACACAGAGAGGAGAGUGAGAGAGAGUCUCUGCUUCCGGUGAGUCAAAGCUCCCGGCGCGGCCGGCGGGAACGGCGAGCGGCGACCGAGCAUGAGGGAGCAGGAGGAGGGUGGCCUGCAGGCGGCGGGGCGCCGGGGUGGGGUUGUCAGGGCGCUGCUCGGCCUCGGCGCGAUCGCGGAGGGCGCCGCCGCCGCCGAGGGGGGAUUGCCGAGGAAGGCGGGGGCGGGGGACGGCGGCGGCGAGGAGAGGAAGGCGGUGGUGAGGGUGGUGGCGGCCGACAUGCCGCCCGCGCUGCAGCGGCGCGCGUUCCGCUGCGCCCGCGACGAGCUCGCCGGGAUGCCGCGCUCCCCGCGGCGGCUCGAGCCCAAGCGCCUCGCCCUCGCCCUCAAGAAGGAGUUUGACACUGCUUAUGGACCAGCUUGGCACUGCAUCGUAGGGACGAGUUUCGGUUCAUAUGUCACCCAUGCCCGGGGUGGAUUCUUGUACUUUUCCGUUGAUAAGGUCUAUAUACUGUUGUUCAGGACGGCCGUGGAGCCCCAACCGCAUUGUGAAGAUCAGACAGUUAGUUCAUGAAUUUAUGCUGUGAAAACAUCCCAAAUGCAGUUGUCCAGCUACGCCAAGACCUUGUGCAUUGCAUGAAUGGGGACUCCUUUUUGGCGCUUAUAUAUAUGGUUCUAAUGUCAAAAAAUAUUUCGAGUGGCUAGUGUGAUUCUGUUAGUUUAUGGCUGAAUGCGGUGUACCUUAGAUUUCUGUCAUUUCUGUCGCCCCUUGUAGAUGGUCAGAUAGGAACAGAAGCUGGCCAGGGAGCACAAAUGGGUGUAUAUUGUCAUGCAAUCCCUCAGAAUGCAGUGAAUCAGAUGAAAGUUUGUGACUCA